GGAAAGUAAUUAAAAUAGAAUAAUGAGGGUGUUUGAUAUGAGAGAGCAUAAGAUUGCUGUGAAGACAAAAAGCAUGGCAGAAUGGGUCCCACUCCCACAAUAUUUCUAAACCCCAAAAAUAAGGGUCACGCGCAGAUAGAGGGCGUGAGUUUUCUGUGUCCUAUUUCAAAGUUCUACCCUCCUCCUCCUCUUUUUCUUUGGCUUUGUUCUCCAUUCUUUUCUUCUCUACUUUCAUUUCUUUCGUUCCAAAAACAAAAUCCCACCCACCUAAUCUAAUCUAAGCUAAUUCUCUCUCACUUUUUUUUUCCCUUUUUUCUAAGAAUAAAGUUUGUGCCUUUUCUUUUAUUGUUGGGGUAGACUUUGGACUUUGGGCUUUUGGGGGGAGUUUCUUUUCUUCUAUGUACUACUACUUUCUAUAGCCGAGACAAAGAAGAAGAAAGAAAAAGAAAGAGGAAGAAAGAAAGAAACAAAGAAAAGAAUAGGUAAGUUUGAGUUGAGUGAGUGAGUGAGUGAUGGCAGCCCCUAACAUGGCAACAAUCACUGCCUCUUUGGAGCAAUCUUUCCAAAACUGUUCUCUAAACAACUCCGCCGGAGAAGCAGCUACCAGCCGCCGAGUUGUACAUGGCAUAGGGAGGAGGUCAUCAUCAUCAUCAUCAGCCUCUACAAACCAAGAUGAAGAACUCGCAGCAUCACACCAAAAUCAUCACCACCAAACCCCUGAUGACAAUACCACUUUAGAGCUUAACUCUCAUAUCUCUCUCCCUUACCAUUGGGAACAAUGUCUUGAUUUAAAGACUGGGGAGAUUUACUACAUAAACUGGAGGAACGGUAUGAAAGCAAAAGAAGAUCCAAGAACAAAAGUAACAACAGAGUAUAUUAACAAUGGUAAUGGUAAUGGUAAUGGUAGUGGUAAUGGAAAUGGAGAUUAUUAUUAUUCCGAAGAAGAAGAAGAAGAAGAUGAUGACAGCUCAUACGACAGUGAAGAAUCGUCGUCUGAGUCGUCCCCUCCUCCUUCUGCUGCGACAACAGCCUCGAGAGAAUCUCUGUAUCGAGGAGGAGCAGAGAAGGACCAUGUUUUGGUAGUGGGAGGUUGCAAAAGCUGUUUCAUGUAUUUCAUGGUACCUAAACAGGUCCAAGAAUGCCCCAAAUGUUGUGGUCAACUUCUCCAUUUUGAUCGAUCUCAAAAUGGCUCUCUAUGAAUUUAUUAUUAUCAUCUGAUUCUUUCUUUUCUUUUUCUCUUUAUUUUACCUCUGUUAUUAUCAUUAUUAUUAUUAUUAUUAUGAAACAACUCCCCUUUGUGAUUUAGAAAUGGAUUAAUUUGCCACAAACAAUGCAAGACAAA